UGUUUAUUUAUUCUCCUCCUCUUCUCAACUGUCUCCUCCGUGUUCAACUCGCGUGCAUUGCAGUCAGAGAGAGAGACCCAAGCGAGAAAGGGAAGAGAAUCCAGAGAGAGAAAAAAGAAAGCACCCAGAGAAGACCAGGAAGAGAGAGAAAUCCCCUUUUCACCAUUUCAAUUUUCACACAAAAUUCCCUUUUUUAUUUUUGGGCAUUUUCUUAUUAUCAUCAUCAUCAUCGUUAUCUAGAUUCUCUCGAUCUUAAUCAUUUCUGGGUCUCACUUUUUCUCCUCAGAUCCCCUCUUCUGUUCUUCACAAAAACUUUGAAUCGUUUUUUUUUUUUGAAUUAAGGGUUGUGUUGUUUUAUCAAUUUUCCUUUGUGGGUGUGUGUUUUUCGAAGGAAAGAUUCAUUUUUUAUAGUGGGAAAGUGAAAAAGGAAUUGAUUCUUAUCUGGGUUUUGAUGCGAUUGUUGUUUGGUGUUCUUUAUGAUGGCAAUGAUGUCGACCUUAUUAAGAGUGUUUUUUUGAAGUGAUAUGGAAAGUAGUCGUUACUCUGUUACAACAACAGCAUCAUCAACAACAUCUUCUUCAUCAACAAUAACAACCUACAAUAACAAGAAAAACAUGUCGCUUUACAUUGGUCGUGAGGCUUCCAAGCUAUGGAAGAGAGUUUGUGCAGAGACAACCACAGAAAUUAACCUCCUUGUGGAGAAUUGGAAGUACCUUCUCGCUGGUUUAGUUUUUCAGUACAUUCAUGGUUUGGCUGCAAGAGGAGUUCAUUAUUUACAUAGGCCUGGCCCUACAUUGCAGGAUCUUGGAUUCUUCCUUCUUCCGGAGCUUGGUCAAGAAAGAGCUUACAUUAGUGAAUCUUUGUUUACAGUUAUCUUUUUAUCUUUUGUCCUUUGGACAUUCCAUCCUUUCAUAUUCAAGAGCAAAAAGAUCUACACGGUUCUAAUAUGGUGCAGGGUUCUAGCUUUCUUAUGUGCUUCUCAGUUUCUUCGCAUAGUGACAUUUUAUUCGACGCAGCUUCCUGGUCCAAACUACCAUUGCCGUGAGGGAUCUCCACUUGCAACACUGCCUCAUCCGAAAAGUGUCGCUGAAGUCCUAUUGAUUAAUUUUCCUCACGGCGUGAUAUAUGGAUGCGGGGAUUUGAUAUUUUCAUCACACAUGAUCUUUACUCUAGUCUUCGUUAACACAUAUCAGAGAUAUGGCACACGAAGGUGCAUAAAGCAGCUAGGAUGGACUCUUAUAGUGAUUCAGAGUCUUCUGAUAGUAGCAUCGCGCAAACAUUAUACAGUUGAUGUAGUUGUCGCUUGGUAUACUGUUAAUUUGGUGGUAUUUUUUGUUGAGAAGAAAUUACAAGAAUUGCCAGACAGGACAGCUGCAACAUUGCUGCUACCAUUGAGCACCAAAGACAACAAAGAUGGCAGAAACAAAGAAGAAAACCAUAAGCUGUUAAAUGGCAAUUCUGUUGACCCUUCAGAUUGGAGGCAGAGAACUCAAUCAAAUGGCAAGAUUCUGGAAGAUGGCCAUGCACAUCAUGCUGACUCUACUAAGAAUGGUGCAUAGAUUUAUGAGCUUUUUGUAUCUCUGCACAAAUUGGAUUUUGGAUCUGCUGCAAUGCAACAUUGUCAUUCAUUGGGAAGCUGCAACCUUCAAUUAGUUGAAUUUUUGUAACAUGGAAAUAUUAGUAGCCUGAUUGAUUUGUAUUAUUAUUAAGCACAUUGUAACUAGGUUGUGCUUCUUUUAACAUAUUGCAGCUUUGGUCCAUUGUUUAAUUGUUUGGUGCUGUAGAAAUUUUUUCAAUUCAUAUUGCAUCACAAGUUCAAAUGUGUAUAGUAUUAUUUUUGGUA